AUGGUGGAAUCCGAGCCGAAGGUCCCCUCAAGCGCUGCCAUGCCAAAAGGGUAUGGGUUUCUACCCAAGGGGGACCCAUACCGCACUGGACUGUGUCGCCGGCUAACCCAAGCGGCAGGGAGGCAGGUGUACGUCGUUGUCAAUAAGAGACGAGGAGCGGUCGGCAUCAGGGCGCCGAAACACAUAAUCAACGAGGUGCACGAAAAGGACCGCGCGACGAGAGGGGAUCGUCGCGCGGCUGUAGAGAAACGGGACGUUGCAACGCGGUCAGAUUUCGAGGUCGCGGUUCUACGUGUGUUUCCCAGAAUCCCUCCACACGAUCUGGAAAAAGUCCUAGACCGAGCGCUUAAGAAGCGAAGUGGGAGAGUUGGCCGGACGGCAAAGUUAACGGUCGAGGCCAAGGCAAGGCUCGCUGUCAUCGCGCACAUCAGGCACAAUCACACCGAGUAUGACAGUCUUCUCAAACAGAAGGAAAAGUCACGAGGAUUAGCGAGGAACGAUAUUGCUCCCAAGCUUAAACAAAUUUGCGGCGAAUGGGGGGGAAGAGCCGAGAGCGAUGCUGCCCACAUUAACGAGGCAUCUAUAUCGGCAACGCGAGGAUCAGGCCGAACCAACCAAGGUAAUACGAGAAUUUCGCGGCGAGCUCGAAGAUCUGCCGCUGAUCUUCUUAAACGAAAGGAUGUAGAGGAACAAUGCACCACGGAUGCAAAACCAUGCACACACGCCAAUAACGGCCAACUCACUGCAAGAGAUCCUUCACGGGGGCAGAACAGGAAACGGAUUAGGAAGAAGGAGACAGUGCCUUCGGAACCUGUGACAGGAACCAAAACAAGGCAGGAAACGAGGCAGACCCGAAAUACCAGCAACCUCGACAAGGCUAAGCUUCUAGGUCCUGAUGAUCUGAUCAUUAUUUCUAGUGAUGAAAGUGAUCUGGCAGACCCCGAGGUUGAUACCGACACAGAAGGAGAAUCCGAUAAUUCGUUUAUCGUGGGUAAUUAUUCCGACCAUUUCAUGGAUGAGGACUGGGAAAUUGAUCUGGAUUCGGAUUCAGAUGAAGUGAUGGAAGACAGCGAGCAAUAG